UAUUGCGAAUGAUUGGCGCUGCCUAGGUGUUCUUUUCGUACAAUUCAAUUGUUAUUGUUACUUCUGAAUGUCAUCCCUGUGCUGAUCACAGCUUUGUUUUGCUUACUUGCAAUCACAAUCAACUGCUUGCAACCUGACUCCAAAAAUGGCACAAUCCCAACAAACGGUUGAAGAGUUAUACGACUGUUAUACAAAAACUGCUGCUAAUAUUAUAUCGUAUUAUGAAGGAAAUGAACAAAAGAGCAUGUUGAACAAACUCAGGGAAAUUGUGAAAAAGAACUGUAUUCAGGAUAAGAAGUUGAAGUCAGUGGAAGGCACGAAAAAUCAAUUAAUGAGCUUAUACAAUGACAAUGACGAUAUUGAAUCCAUUAUACGGGAACAUAAAAAAGCCAUGUCUGAGAUAAAUAUUGAUAUGUUGAAUGAAGAAAAGUUGUUAGAAUUUGACAGACAAGUGGAAGCACUAUUAGAUAAAGAACAUACCGAAGGAGAUGACGACGGUACAGAGUUACAAUUAACAGGUGGUUACAUAAAUGUAAUCGAUCCAAUUACAAAAAACAGAAUUGUAGAUCCUGUAAAAAAUACUGUAUGUGGACAUACCUAUGACCGACAAAGUAUUACAGAAUUAUUGAAGAUGAACAAAAAUACUAGAUGUCCUGUUGUCGGUUGUAAAAGUACAGACUUCGUAACACUCGCGAAUCUUCGAUCAGACGUUGUAACAAAAACAUAUCUUGAGAAACAUCCUGCGUAAUAUUUAGUACUAAUAUUUUUCUUAAAAUAGCUUAAACAUGUUUCGAUUACUCCCUAUAACAUCAACAUUCCCACAUCUAAGACUGGAUUCUGUAUUAAAUAAAUGUUAACUACUA